AUGGAGCCAAGUCGCGCGAACCAGUCACGCGGCUACCAGCUCACCGCAGCUCUUAUCGUCUGCCCGAUCUUUGCUGUUAUAUUGACGGCGUUGCGCGUCUACACACGACUCAUUUUGAUGAAGAAGCGGUUCGGGGAGGACCUGAGUAUCGUCGUUGCUGCGCUGUCCAUUCUGCUGCAAUACGCGCGUAUCAGUGUCCUGCCUUCGGAGAAGCGAAUAUGCCAGAUCCUAAUCACCGCCCUCUGCACGGGCUACCUCAUCUUCAUCGUCCUGCGCAUGGUCCGUUGCAUACCGUUCCACGCCCUGUGGACGCCCGGGAUCCCAGGCGCGAGGUGCAUUUACAACAACACCUGGUUCAUGUUUGCCUCUCAGGGCUGGAACAUGGCCAUGGACUUUGUCAUCCUCCUCAGCCCGCUCUACAUCCUGCGCCAUUCCAAUGCGCCGCUGAGGCAGCGGGUGCUUCUCGGCGUUGUGCUGGCCUUUGGUGGAUCGGCCUGUAUCAUCUCCGUCCUGCGACUUCACACGCUGUAUCCAUCAGGUACCUCAGCUGACCCGACUUGGGGCAAGAUCCCCAGCGCCAUUUACGGCGCGGUUGAGGUCAAUGUCGGCAUCAGCUGUGCAUCGCUGGUCACGCUACGGCCCCUUUUCCACUCCCUGCGCCGGACUUCGUCCAAGUCCAACGAGACAGGCACCUUUUUUCACACUGCGAUUGUGAUGCCGCGGGAUCCCGCUUGCCGCCGUUUCGGCGACGGCCAUUGGCAUCCUGACAUGGAGGUGGAGCUCGGGGGUAUGCUUCACAAUGCCAGUGACUCAUCAGUGACAUGGAGCAAGCCGGAGGAUCCACGUAGGUAG